AUGUUUGGUGCAUUUAAAUCCACCUUGACCUUGAGUGGAGGUUACUUGUGGAAGAAAGCCCCAAGAUUAUCAGCACCUCAAAAGAAUAGAUUAAGAAAGCGUAUGAAACAAGUUGAUUCUAAUAUUGAAGAAAUUUAUAAAGGACUUAUUGAAGCCAAGGGUAAAACUUAUGGUGAAAAGACCGGUGUUAAAAAAGUUGAUUAUUUGAAAUUUGUAUUUCCAAAGGAACAUGAAAUGUCACCUAAAGAUAAAUAUACUACAUUUUGUAAAAAUGAAAAGAAUUAUAGAAGGCUGGUUCAUUUAAUGCCAAAAUGGACAAAGAGAUCAUUUAGAGAAAAUCCAAAGUAUUAUUAA